UUAAUUGACAACGAAGAAAAAAAGAACAAGCACCUCAGACAGAAAAUGGCCGCCAUGCAGUGCGGCUUUAAUAUUUCUAUUUUCUAAGCGUUGUCUGUGUUGUCCUGCCGUGACGUUAUACGCGGUUUCCCUUAAAGGGUAAGCAUAAUGUUCAAAAAGGCGAAAAGAGUAAACUUGCGGCGGAGGAAUGACUCCGACGAGGAUGAGCUGGAGGCAGGCCAGCCACAGACUGCGGCGCCCACUUUAUUCGGGCCUGUGGUGGAAAUCCCGUUCAUUGAGACCAGCGCAGCUCCGAGCAGCGAGGAGAACAGUUACAGCAACGGCUUUCUGGCAAACCUAAACAACGUGAGACCCGUGAAGAGGGAAAAGAAGAGCAAAGAUGUUGCCGUUUUGGCUCCUCCCACCAAGGCCAGUUUGCUGAGUUUCGACGACGAUGAUGAAGAGGGAUCCGAGGUGUUCAGAGUGAAGAAACCCAACCACAGCAAGAAGAUUGUAAAGCAGCUGAAGAAAGAAUACAAAGAAGAUUUGCAGAAAACCGGAAGUGUCAAGCAGGAGACCAAAUCAGAUGCACCACCUCAGCUCGUGUUCACUGUCAAAGAGGAGGUUAUCAGCAGGGCGAGCAGUGAACACGGGGAGGAGGAGAUGGAGGUGGAGAGUGCAGAUGAACAGGACGAAGAAGCAAAAGCCCAGGGGGGUCAGCUGUCCAGGGGCAGGAACGUAGGAGCGUCGUUCAACACGCUGUCCUCCCUCACCAGCCUGAAGCCAGGAGAGAUCCCCGACGCGGCGUUUAUCCACGCUGCCAGGAAGCGGCGGCAGCUAGCGAGAGAGCUGGGCGGGGAAGCCCCUCUGGUGGAGCCCGAGCCUUCCAAGAAACACCUGACAAGAGACGACCGAGACGGCAGCGACGACGAAGACGAGGACGAGAAGAGGAUCCGCUUUAGUGGCGUCAAGAACAAAAGUCAGAGGCAGAAGAUCGCCGAGGAGAUAGGUAUUGAGGGAAGCGAUGACGAAGCACUGGAUACAGGUCAAGAUGAGGAGGUGAGCCGCUGGGAGCAAGAGCAGAUUAGGAAAGGGAUCAGCAUUCCCCAGGUUCAAAGCAGCCAGCCAGAGGACAGCACAGUCUACUACCAGAACAGCUAUGAGACUCAGCCCUAUGGUUCCUCAUAUAGUAUGCCUUUCACCUACAGUACAGUGGCUCCACAGCCUGGAAAGAUGCCUUGCCUCUCUGACAACGGCUCUGUCCACUAUGGGGCCCCUAUUUGUGAUCUAACCCCAGUAUCCAUUGAUCUGGUAAAGAAACGCCUGCAGGAUAGGCUUGUCCAAAUGCAUGCAGGCCACAACGCGAAUAUCACCCGCUACGAACAGAUCAGGGAUGACCUAGCGGCCUCUGAGAGCGCCAUCCAGCAGCUUGAGGGUUCCUCCAACGAUAAUGCAGAUCGAUAUAAAUUCUUGCAAGAGAUGCGAGGGUAUGUUGGAGACUUGCUUGAGUGUUUCAGUGAAAAGGUGCCUGCUGUCCUGGAGCUGGAGGCUGCCAUGCACCAGUUACUAAGGCAACGGGCUGCACGGCUUGCCCAGAGAAGACAGGAUGAUAUUAAAGAUGAAUCGUCGGAGUUUGCAAGCCUUUCAAAUAAAGCUGUCAUGGCGCCCAGUCUGGACUCAUUUGGUCGAGACCGUGCCGCAUACCAAGAGCACAGUCGGCAGAGGAGGAUAGCUGAAAGAGAAGCACGAAGAACUCGCCGGCGACAAGCAAGAGAGCAGAACGGGAAAAGGGCUGAGCAUAAAGAAGGCCUGUCGUCUGACGACGAGGAAACCUCUACAGACGUCACCACUUUCAACAUGGAGAGAGACCGUAUCAGAGCGGAAAGUAAAAAGGUUUUUGAGGAUGUGGUGGAGGACUUUCAUUCUCUUGACUGCAUCAAAACCCGUUUUGAGGCUUGGAGAAAGGAAUAUCCGGACUGCUACAGAGACGCUUACAUCGGCUUGUGUUUACCCAAGCUCUUUAACCCUUUAGUCCGUCUGCAGCUCAUCACGUGGAAUCCUCUCGAGGAGCCGUGUGCAAACUUUGAGUACAUGCUGUGGUUCGAGUCGCUUCUGUUUUAUGGGUUUGAGGAGCACAAAUUGCUUCACAAAGAAGACGGGGAUAUCGGCCUGCUGCCUGCUAUAGUAGAGAAGGUUCUUCUCUCCAAACUAUCAGUGCUGGCGGAGCAAGUGUGGGACCCACUGUCAAGCAGUCAGACAGCUAGGCUGGUGAGCUUCAUCCACAGACUCGCUGAAGGUUAUCCAACUGUGCUGCAUGGAGACAACCUGUACACACAGGAGCUUUUGAAAACGAUAGUCUUACGGACCCGACGGACUCUGGAUGAGGAUGUCUUCCUUCCGCUUUACCCUAAAAACGUGAUGGACAACAAGAACAGCGGCGCCUACCUGUUCUACCAGCGACAGUUCUGGUCCUGCAUAAAGCUGCUGGGCAACAUCGUUCAGUGGGAUGGCAUCUUAUCCUACUCCUGUCUGAAGGAUCUGGCUUUGGACAGCACUCUGAACAGAUACAUCCUCUCCGCGCUGCAGAGCACAGACAUAGGAGAGGAGAAUGUGCAGAAGUGCCAGAAGGUGGUGGAGUGUUUGCCGCCACAGUGGUUCUCUGGGCUGAAAGGCCAGCAGACCUUGCCUCAGUUGGAGCCCUUGUGUCGCUACCUCACACACCUGGCUAACACACUGCACCGCAGCACCGUGGGGGCGUCCGAUGUGGAGCGCCGUACCGCUAAGGAGCAAAUAAGAGAAGUGGUGAAGAUGUUGGGACGCGUGAACGCCCUGGACCACAUCAUCGCCGUGGCAGAGGAGCACGGAGUCAAAGACAUCAAACAGCUCUUGGAAGUGAAAUAACAGAAUACGACCUGAGGCGAUUCUUCCUGAGGCGAUUCUUCCAACCUUCUGUUGUGCUCUGUGCAUUUAAAGCCCAUGGAGGAGGAUUAUUGGAAAAUGUGCAUCUGCAUACAAAAAUUUAAACUCUGCACUUGGUACAGUCACUGACGAGAGCAGAGGAUUCUUCUGUAAAUAUUGUGAAUAAUGUAUAGUGUAGUGUUCUCCAUGGCCACAAAGCUGAAAUCCUAUGUUCCCUACUCAGAAAGUACAUAUUGGAAGAAGAAAGAAAUGUAAACCCAUAAUUUAUUAGGAGUAAAAAAAAAAGAGUCAUUAUGGUUACAUUUUGGAAAUAUUCUACCUGAACUUUUAACCCCUCUGUUUAAGUUUUUGGCUGCUAACAAUUGCCCUAUAGGCCCAUUCAUUCUGAUUGUGGUAAAAGGCAGAAGUUACUCACAUUCAGCAACUUCUUUUUUACCCCAGCCUAAACCAUAAGCACCGCCAUCACACCCAGAAUGCUCUGAUGGUUUGUAAGUUAUGUUUUAAUUGUGUUUCUGCCUGUGAAUAAAACAUACGUUGUAAUUGA